AUGGUUGGCUGUGUUUAUAAGGUGAUAUCCAAAGUGCUGGUAAGAAGAAUGCAGUUAGUGAUGCCACAGUUAGUGGGGGAGACUCAAUCUGCGUUUGUUAAGGACCGCAAAAUACAUGAUGGUGCUCUCAUUGCUUGUGAAACGGUCCAAUGCCUGAAGUUGAGAAAGAAGCAGGCGGCUAUUGUUAAAUUAGACUUCCAGAAAGUAUACGACAGAGUGAGAUGGAGUUUUGUGGAUAUAGUGCUACAGAAGAUGGGGUUUGGUAUUACAUGGAGGACUUGGGUGAAAGAAUGUGUGACUACAACGUCUAUGUCGGUGUUGAUCAAUGGUUUUCUAUCCAAACCAUUCAAGAUGGAGAGAGGACUCAGACAAAGAGACUCCCUAUCGCCUUUCCUGUUUGUUCUUAUUGUUGAUGUGCUACACAGGAUGGUGGGCGAUGCGGUAAGAAAUGGAAGAAUUUCUCCACUGCUAGUGGGAAGGGACAAUAUAGAACUGUCGCAUCUCCAGUUUGCAGAUGAUACGAUAUUGUUUUGUCCACAGGACACAGAGACGCUUGUGAAUUAUAAGAGGCUAUUGAGGUGCUUUGAGUUAAUGUCUGGCCUGAGUAUCAACUUUGAUAAGUCGAGCAUAAUUUCAAUCAACUGUGAGAAGGAAUGGGUGACGAAUGUGUGUGGUUUGUUGGGAUGUGCCGAAGCUGUGUUACCUGUUAGGUACCUAGGAAUUUCGUAUUAA